GAAGUAUCUCCUAACUAAACCAUUACCUUGGACAAAUAUACCUUUGCAAGUCACUCUGGGUUUAUGCAUGUGUCCAGAAUGGAAUUUAAGCUUUCUUGGACUAGGUGACAUUGAAGGUUCUCUGUGCUUUUUGCUGCUGUUUAUGAAAUGGAAGUUCUCGAUGUGUUCUAACCAUGUUUUAUACACCACCACCACCCACACACACCCACACAAGCAGACAAUCCUUUCACCCAGCUGUGGCUGGUUCUCGGAAGAAGCCUGGACAAGUUACCUCCCCUAGAGUUGCCUCCACCUUUGAGUUCCCUUCCUGGCCCCACCCUGCUUUAAGGGCAGGUCAGAUAAAGAACUCUCACUCAUCUCAGACAGCAACUGGGAGUUUUUCCACUGAACAGACUCUUACUAGUUUCUUUUUCAGUCUUGACCUUCGGAGACUCGAGAACUCUGUUCCAUCUCAGUGGACCAAUAGAACUCUCUCCAGCGUCUGCUUGGCUGUGUACCAUCCUGACUUUUUACACUGCUCUGUUUCACCGUUUUUGUGAGCAUUGGCUCUAGAUUCCAGGCUUUCAGCAUCCUUCCAAAGCAUCUGAAGCUAUGGGUUACCGACUGAUGCAGGACUCACCACCCCUCAGGUCUCCGCCUCUCAGGCUCAUUCAUCUCUUUGUGCUGCUGGUUGCUCUCUUUCGAAUGUCUUCAGGUAUUGGCCAAGUGUUCAAGUCGGUGAAUGAAAAGGUUUCAUUGUCCUGUGGUUACAACUUUUCCUUUGAUGAGCUGGCCAUACACCGAAUCUACUGGCAAAAAGAUGACAGAAAGAUGGUGCUGAGCAUCAGCUCUGGAGAUAAGAAAGUGUGGCCGGAGUAUCAGAACCGGACUUUAUGUGACAUCAGUAACAACUUCUCGCUCAUGAUCCUGGGCCUGCUCCCCUCAGACAGGGGCACUUACGAAUGCGUCGUUCAAAAGAAAGAGAGAGGGGUUUAUCUCCUGAGACACUUGAAUUCUGUGGAGCUGUCCAUCAGAGCUGACUUCCCUGUCCCUAAUAUAACUCAGUUUGGAAAUCAAUCUGCCGACAUGAAAACGAUAAUCUGCGAAACCUCUGGAGGUUUCCCAGAGCCUCGCCUCUCUUGGUUGGAAAGUGGAAGAGAAUUAAGGGGCAUCAAUACAACCGUUUCCCAGGACCCUGAAUCUGAACUGUAUGCCGUCAGUAGCAAACUGGAUUUCAAUGCGACCUACAACCGAAGCAUUGUGUGUUCCGUCGCCUAUGGCAAAUUUGAAGUGUCGAAGAACUUCACCUGGAAAAAACCCCCAGAAGCACCUCCUGAUAGAAAGAACACAACUUGGAUUACUACAAAUGUGGCAGUUUCAAUAUUACCAGCAAUAGCAACAGGAAUAGCAAUACUACUAAUAAUCUUUGCAGUGUACCACUGUCGCAGAAGAAGAAAUGUGGUAAGCAGAAGAGAAAACAACAGCAUUUACACUGGGCCUGCAGAAGUCUCAGCAGAACAGACUGUCUGAAGGUAGCCAUCUACUUUCCUUUAUUCCUCCUCUACCCAAGUGGGACACAUGAUAUUGAUGUGGAUCAUGAGGUACAAUCUUCAGCACUGUGCUAGUUAAUCUUUUGGAGAACUUGACACAAGAUGAGAGUUAUCUGGGAAGAGAAAACCUUAAAAAAAAAGGUUUUCUGUUGCCUGUGAGCAAGUUUGUUGAACAUUUUCUUGAUUGAUGAUUGACGUGGGAGGGCCCAGAGCAUUAUGGGUGGUGUGGUCCCUGGGCAGGUGAUCCUGGGUGCUAUAAGAAAGAGGGCUGUUAACAUGAAGGGAGGGGCCACAAGCCUUCCCCCAAACAACACGGACAGGCCUGUCAGUCCAACACCUUACUCAUAGUACCAAUUUCUGUUCUAGUUGGGUUUCCAGAGCUGUGAUAAAACACUGACCAAAGGCAAUUUUGGGGAGGAAAAGGUUUACUUCACAUUACAGGUUAUAGUCCCCAUCACUGAGGUAAAUCAGAAGAGAGACUCACGCAGGAAACAAAGCAGGAAGCAAAGGCCGUGAAAAGUGAAAAACUGCUGCUCUUUAGCUUGCUCCCCAUAAUUUGCUCAGCCCCCUCCUUAUUUAUUUAUUUUAAAUUAUUGUUUUUACAUCUCAACCAGUUUCCCUCCCUCCUCUUCUCCCAGCCCCUCUGGAAGGUGGGGAAUCACCGCUCUGGCCCCACUCCAUCCAUUCCUCCUCCAUUCCUCUUCAGAAAAGAGCAGGCCUCCCACAGAUGACAAACUAAACAUGGCAUAUCAAGUUGAAAAGGCCAUGUUGUUUGGGGCAAGGAUUGUCGAUAUGUUAAAAACUCUGGAAAAGCCAUUGAUGCUUAACGUUCAGUGCUUAAUGGAAUGUUCUGUGGAGUUUGGAAAAUAAGAGUGUUAGGACUAACGCAAGUGAUGAAGGCUUGUGAAGUGUCACAGGGAAGUUUUUGAGUUUCUCAUACAUUCUAUCAGGAUUCUUAUUGUGAUGUACUUGUGCUGAGAAUGUGCGAUCUCUGGCCUGAUGGGGCUUAAGAAUCAGCUGUGAUUAACAAGAGCUCAGCAUCACUGAAGUGGAGCCUUUGCUUUACUGGGACAAGUGAUGGUGGUUAGCUGGGGUUGAGAAAUCAGCUGUGAUGAAGAGACUGGUAUCACUGAGGCGAAAUCUACUGAGAAGUAUUUCUUUGGACUCAGCCCACGGACGCUGUGAUCCAUGGGAGUCAAGGUUGCAUGUCAAGCUGGUAGCAGAACUUAGCAACAUCCAAGAGUCUUCUGUAUGGGACUGGUUUUGAAAGCUUGAAGUCAUGGAGAGCAGCUGAGGCUUGGCAUUGUGUGAGGCCACUUGUGAAGGUGAAGUCACAGUUGCAGUGGUGACCUCAGAUACUAGAGAUACCAGCAUCAUGGAAUGACCACCAAGGACAGAAGCAGGGAUAGAGUGGGGUUGCCUUGAGCCUACCAGGGUAAGCUCCAUGUGCUGCAGAGCCAGAGACAGAGCUACUCAAGCCCUUUGAAGCCCAAUCAUGAGUUCAAGACAUUGAACACUGAAUGUUUUACUGUUGAGCUUUGGUUUUCGUUUGAUCUAAUUCUGUUCUGGUUCUCCUAUGUUGGAAUAAGAAGUAUUUAUCUUAGUUUUUAGUUUUUAGUUAUUUGAUUGUUUUUAGAUUAUGAUUAUAUCAUUUCCCCCUUUUCCUUCCUUUUCCUCCCAUAUACUUCUCCUUGCUCUCUUUCAAAUAUGUCUUAGUUUUAAUUUAAAGUUGAGACAGUUUUAAUUUAAAGUUGAGACUUUUGACUUUCAAAGUGAUGUUGAAAUUUUAGAAACUGGACUUGAAUUGUUUUAUUUGUGGUUUUUGUUUGUUUGUUUUUUGACACAGGUUUUUCUCUGUAGCCCUGGCUAUCCUGAAAUUCACGAAAUCCGCCUGCCUCUGCCCCAUGGGUGCUGGGAUUAAAGGUGUGAACCACUGCUGUGCAGCUAUUUGAAAAUUAAAAAAAAAUGUUGGGACUUUCAAAGUUAUAUAGCAUUUUAUACUGUCAUGUUAACAUGAGAUCUUGGGGAUACACAAAAAAAGGUUAUGGCUUAAAAGUGAUGUAUUUGUCAAGAUAACAGAGAUUCAGUUGUGCUGGUCAGGUUUUUUGUUAACUUGACACAAGCUAGGGUCAUCUGAGAAGAAAAAAAAACCUUAUUUAAGCAGUUGCCUCCAUCAGAUUGUAGACAAGUCUGUGGGGCAUUUUCUUCACUGAUAAUUGAUGUGGGAGGCGGCCUAGCCCACUGUUGGUGGCGCCAUCCCUGGGCAAGUGGUCCUGUGUGGCCUAAGAAAGCAGGAAGAGCAUGCCCUGAGGCAUAAGCCAUUAAGCAGCAUUCCUCAAGGGCUCUGCUUCAGUUCGUGUCUUCAGGUUCCUACCUGAGUUUCUGCCCCGAUUUCUCUCAACGAUGGAUUGUAAGUUUAAAUAAACUCUCCACUCCAAGUUGCUUUUGGCCAAUGUUUUUAUUAUCACAGCAACAGAAACCUGUUGUUGGAAAUAUGGUGUUGGGCUAUAUAAUGUUUAUUAUUAGCCCUAUAAUUAUUAUUAUUAUUAACCCACUAUCAGAAUCACUAACACACAGACCUCUGUUAGAUUUUAUAAUUGUUCUAUUUACAUUGCGCUGGGCAGAUAUUCCACCUAUGCUGUCUCAAAAACCUCACUAUUCAUCUCCCAGCCCCCAUCCAAUGCCAUCAGCCUUAACCAUUCCUAUUUGGCCUAUCUCCCAUCCAUAAUUUUAUAAAUAAUUGCUUAUUCUUCAUCUGGAUCACUUUCUCCAUCCAUGCCAUCCUCAAAGUCCUUUCUCUCAGCCCACAUGGUUCCUUCUCCAUGCUAAGCCAUCAGGGCAUCCUCCUUCCUCCUCUCUUCCUGUCUCCUUCUGGUGAUUUCCUGUCCUCAAAGGCACCAGAACCUUAACUACGCCUAUCUCCUGCCCUGCUCAGGUAUAGGUAACCAAUAGGAGCUAUGUCUUAGGCAGGUUUACACAAAAAGGAUAGAUGUAUCCAGGCAAGAACCAGAUCUUGAGGGCCAGUAAUUAGCAUCAAAAUACAAGCAUUAAUCUAACCCCCAACAGAAACCCAACUAAAAUAAGCACCAAAUCUGAACUUUUACAUGUGACCUCAACUCCUCAGAAAAUUUAGUCAGACUGGAGGAGUUUGGGAUCCCUUUUCUUUUCUGACACAUGCCAAUGCUUAUCUAAUAUAUUCCUUUACUAUGACGUCUGCCACCACGAUGCAUUCCCCUUGUUGUGGUUUGAACAGGAAUGGCUCUCACAGACUCAUGUAUUUGAAUGCCUGGCCCAUAGGGAGUGGCACUAUUAGGAGGUGUGGCCUUAGAGGAAGUGUGUCACUGUGGGGGUGGGCUCUGAGGUCUUCUACUCUCAAACUACGCCCAGUGUGACACAGUCUCUUUCUGUUGCCUGUGGAUCCGGAUGUAGAGCUCUCAGCUUCUUCUCCAGUACCAUGUCUGCCUGCAUGCCACGUUUCCCACCGUGACAAUAAUGGACUAAACCUCUGCAACCAUAAGCCAGCCCCAAUUAAAUGUUUUACCUUGUAAGAGUUGCUGUGGGACAUGCAGACCACGUGUAUGGUCUGGGAAAGAGGCCCACAGACCUGCUCUCCACUACACGGCAAGGGCCAGCAGCAGACACAGAGCCCUGCCUGCCACCACUCAACGAAGCGCAGGUGGAGAAAGAUAUCCAGAGAACCACCUACUGCCAUGCCACAGGGGUUGGCUGUAGAUACCUAGAGGCCCACCAUCCGCAUGGUUCUCCUGCAGUGGGGGAAAUGACAAAGUGCAAUUAUGUGAUGGACAGAAUGAAGAGAAAGAGAAGUGGAACACUAAGUGUUAUGAAGAGAGAUGGAACUGGAGACACGAGGGUGGAAAGUAGACUGUUGCGUGUAGCCAGGCCUUCCACCUGAGGCCGUGGUGAAGAGCCAUCUCAUGCUGCCACUGAGGGCCUUGUCUGAGUUUGUGGCUUCACAGCAACAGGGGUCAGUGUUGAUAUCCAUGGCUCUUAUUACCACUAGAGAACAUGGGAAUGCCCCUGAUCUGGGCACUCACCUGGGACCAUGUGGAUGUUCAGGGACUGUGCAGAACUGGCUCUACCCCUCACUGGCUGUGUCGCUCUGGAGAGCUGGCUGUGACCUCUAGCUACAGCACACCAGAGAUGGCCUUGGUGGUGGUGGCACAGGUGAGCCAGCUCUGAGAGUGUGAGAGCAGGAAGAGCUGGCCCAGACCCUCACCAACUGCAGCACUCGGAAGAGUAGGCCCCUUGCCUUGACUGGGCACUACAAUGGAGCUGGCCCUGAAGGCAUGGAUGUAGGUGAGCCAGCCCUGAGAGCAUAAGAGCAGGAGAGCCAACCCUGCCUCCUGCUGAUGGCAGCACUGGGUGGUCUAGCCAGAGCAUUGCUGGAGAGCUUGCCCUGGUAGUGCAGAUAAGGGACAGCCAACCAGCUGACCAGCUCAUUCACCACCCAAGCCCAGAUCCAGGGCUUUGAAUUGGCCCACCCCCAAAUCUACAUCAUCUGUGAACUGUUGGGGCCAGUGAAAGGGUCAGUCCUGCUACUCCAAAGCUGCAGAAUCUCCACAACACAGGCAACAUCAGGAGUCCUGGUGAGGAUCCAAUAUUGAUGGUGUUACAGAAGCCAGAGACCAAGAACCAGACCAAUGACUCAUUGCAAUGACAACAUUUGUAAGUGGAGAUGUUUGGACAGAGGGACAUACUAUAGGACAUACUGUGACACACUACAGCUUCCACCAUGAGAUGCUUUCUAUGCUUUGUUUUAUUUUGUUUGUGUGUUUUAUUGGGGGGGGGGAAGGUUACAAGGAUAGAGGGCAGAUAUGAGGGGACAGGGAAAUGAAUGGGACUGGGGUACAUGAUGUGAAACUCACAAAGAAUAAAUAAAAACUUAAAAAAAGAAAGUUGCCAUGGCCAUGGUCAUAGUGUAUUUUCACAGCCAUUGUUUGCCAGUUCCUGGGGUAUAAAACACGGAUCCAAGUUUCUGAAGUGACUGACAUCCUUGGCCAGCUUCCUAUUCUGAACACCCAUGUUUCCUUGCAUCUCUCAACUGUUGAUGAAUACAGCUUUGGAUUACUUGUACAAACACAUUGUCUUUGAGUUCUCUCUUACUGACAGAUUCAUCCAACUGAUAUACCACUGGGCCAAAUUUCAUUUAAAAAGUUAUUCUGUCAUGUCCUUUUCCCAUUCGGAAACUCAGAAAAGAAUCCAGGGUCUGCAGAAGCUUCAAAGCUUCUGACUCUAAAUUUACAGUCAAAAUGUCCUCCUCUCCACUGUUUUUCAUGACAUGGUUUCCAGUCAUGUGAAAUUACUAGAUGCCAGAGGGGGAAAUCAACAUUUGGAUUUGGUCCUAUAACCAAAUAAAAUAUGGAGAAUUACUACUGAAGUCCCAAAUGCUCUUUCAGUUAAUGGAGUGAACACAGCAUUAACUUUUGUGUUUAUUACAGCUAAUAUACUUAUCAACUUUGUGUUCCCCUGAAACUUCAUGGUCUUUUAUGUAAAAGAGCACUGGAACUUUGAAAUCUGAGUCUGAACUGAAUAGGUAGUACAUAGCUCUAACCCUGUAAUGGCAGCACGCAGGAGGCAGAGGCAGC